CUCAGUGGCAGUGGACGAAGGUGGUGCUAUGUGCGUGAGCGGGAACCUCUGUUGACCUGAUUAGUGAACCUCGCUGGGACAUAGUGACAUAGUGUUAUUAAUUACAGCCGACCACAAUGUUGACAUCAAGUGGAAACCAGUACCUUAGACCGGAGUAUCUGAACCCCAUACAAGGACACUCUAUUGAGCUGGACGCCAAGAAGUCCCCCCUCGCCUUGCUGGCACAGACGUGCUCCUCUAUCGGCGCCGAUCUGUCGCAGAAAGGCUCCAUUCCCCCCGUCGAGAAGUCCUCCAGUAAGGGCAAGUCGUCCCCCGGUGCAAAGUCUCCGGGCGCCGCACUCACCAUUACACCGUCGGACGACACCAAGACGACCACCACGUCCUCUUUUAAGCCUUACGAGAAGAAGGAAGACGACGACCGUGUCAGCCCCAAGAGGUCGUCACCUAGCAUGCGUUCCCCCGCUGGCAGCCAACCCAGCGCGGAACGUUCCUCCUCAAGAAGUAGCGAGAGUGGGCGGUCUUCGUCGCGGCCGCGGGAACCCGCGACCUCGUCAGCGUCGUCUCUCUCGCCCCGCGUCUCUUCUCCCAUCACACCAAAGACCUCAUCGUCGUUGUCGUCACACACAUUCUCUGGCCUGUGUGACCUCAGCAAGGACCCUCUGGCCGCGUACAAGUUGGCACCCAGCCUUUAUCCUCACCUAGCACUUAGCCUCGACCCUCUUGGCGCAGCGGGACUCUCAGCCCUCACAGCCAAGGUGCCCACCAGCACGUCGGCUGCAUUGUCCAGCCCCUACGUCGGAUACGCCAGAGUGAAGACGGCCAGCGGGAGCGAGACGGUUGUGCCAGUGUGCCGGGACCCGUACUGCACAGGCUGCCAGAUCAACGCUCACGCCGCACAGGUGGUGAAUGGCACCUGUCCGCCCGGGUGUACACAGUGUGCACAGAUCUCUUCAUACACUAAGAGUCUCGCAUCUCUACCAGGCCUCCUGCCCUCACUACACGCCUCCUCGCUGAGCGGGCUCUACCCUCCCCCUGGGUUGGUCGGGGGCUCACAUCACCCCUAUGUGUGUAACUGGAUAGCGGGAGACACCUACUGUGGGAAGCGAUUCUCUACGUCCGAGGACUUGCUGCAGCACCUCAGAACACACACCAACCUCUCCACCUCAGAAUCCACCCUGUCACUCCACGCCCUGCAUCACCCGCUGCUGGCAGGUCACCUGCCCCGCGGCUACCCCACACCACCUCUCUCCCCGCUAUCUGCAGCUCGUUACCACCCUUACGCCAAGCCGGCUCUCUCACACCUGCCGCCAACAGCACCUCUACCUGCUUCAGCCCUCUCCACCCUCACCGGGCUACCUCCACACCCACUCUCAGCCUACUACAAUCCCUACUCGCUUUAUGCGCGAGGUCUGGGAGCAACGACGGGACUCCACUAGUGAGCGGACCCGGCGCCCUCACGACCCUCGCCUUGUAUACGAGUGGGAGUGGGGGUGGGGUAAGGGCGUGGCCGCUGGUGGGUCGCCACACCCAGUGAGUGAGGGGCUCCCCAGGGCGGUGCCCCCUCGUGUGCUGCUGUGAUGUCUCCUCUCCUUCAACAUGUACAAAUCUGUGUUUAUGUGAAUGUACAGUUUUAAGUCAAUGAAGGUGACGAUGUGAUGUUUAAGGUGGAUCAGUGUGAGAAUUGGGUGGGACCACGCCCAGCUCCCCCCUCUGCUCUCAGUGUACCGUUUAUGUUGUAUGUGUGGUACGUUUACUUAACAAUCUGUGAUUUUCUUUACAUGUCGAGGACAAUCAGCUAAGUUUUCUCAACAGUGUGAACAAUUGUUGGGAGUUCUGAUCUCAGAAGACUCAGUUGUGUCACUAGCUGAGGCGCUGAAGCAGGACCUUUCUGUAACACAGGAAGGGUAGUCGUCGCGGCCUGUCGCAACCCUCUCGCUGGAAGGGUUGUUGCGACCUGCUGCAGCCCUCCUUCCAGGAAGUGUCAUUGUCACGAUCUGUCGUCAGGAGAAGUCGUCAACUUCGAAGGGUCGUCCGUCAUCUUGGCGCGUGGCAUCCCUGCCCAGGCCUCAGUGCGUCACAGCCGCCUUCAGCGUACUCUGGUCUAACCAUCCCAAGCAUGCGAGGUAUCAAGCUCUUCUUUGCUCUAGUGACGAAGUCUCUAAAAUUGGCUGUGUAUUUUUUUUCUUAAUCGUGUAAUUUGCAGAGCCAUUGACUGCCUGUUGCAUGCUUUGCUGAGAGGCCCCUUGAAGAUAGACACCCUCCCUUACUUGUUCCUAAAUGCCCCCAUACCUACUGUAAAGCCAACUGUACAUUCUACUUUAUGUACUAAGUCAUGUGUUAUGGGAUUGCUAGCUACUUAUUUGUUUGUAUAUUUAUUGUACAAUAUCUGUAAACCAAGUUUUAGAGAGAAAUACAUUUAUUUACAGAUCGA